AUGGUGAAAAAAAUGCGACCUUGCCAGGCCUGCCACCCUGGUGAUGACAUUCACAUACCCUUGCUCAAGGUCGCUGAGGGCACGUUUCCAGGGUCUGCGCUCACUGUUUCGUUCAGUGGAUAUGUUGGUUCUCUAACAAAAGUACAACCGACCGUCGACCCGCCUGCGAAGUACAACGGACGCACCUACUCCUACGUCGCCAAAGCGACCGACGUCCUUACCAGAAUGCGGGAAGUGCACCUACUGCGCCACAGGACCGAAACCACGCAAGCUCUGCACGCCUACAACAUGCAAGUAGCAUCUGAAGGCUACCGCAUCGAGGUUCUUCGCUGUGACAAAGGGGGAGAGAACACUGGGGAAGAAAUGCGCAACUACUGUAGGGAGUCUGUGAUCAAGCUGGAAUUCGCCGCGACCAACACGCCCCAAAACAUCGGAGUGUCAGAAAGGGAUGGCCAGACACUUGCGGCUGUGACUCGAGCUCUACUGCGCGAUGGAGACUUUCCAAAACACAUUUGGGGGGAGCUCAUGAUGACUGCAGCAUUCCUGACCAACAGGACCCCACACGCGGCGCUAGGGGGAGCCACGCCGUAUUCCAAGAUGUACAACACAACCCCGGACCUUUCUCGACUUCGUGCCAUCGGCGCCCGCGCGUUCGUUCAUCACGAGCGAUACAAGAAGAAGCUAGACGAUCGGGCCUUUGAAGGCAAGCUCUGCGGUUACGGACCUGACAGCAAGACGUACCGGAUCUACGUGGAGGGCAAAGACAAGGUCUACGAGAGCCGGAACGUGACUUUCAUCGAGACUCCACCCAACACCAUCCCCCCUCACCGGUGGGACGACCGUCUCGGAUAUGAACAGGACGUGAUGAACUUCACGUCAUUGCUCGGACGCCGUACCUCUACGGGCGACGAAGACAACAAAGUGGACUACGGAACACAAUCAGAGCUCCUGCUGCACGAGAUGCGCAACAUGCAGCAAGACAACAUCGACCGAGCAGAACUUCGCCAAAACAACGCAGGCACGGAUUCCGACGACUACUUUGCUGCUGGGGGAGAUGACAGCAAUGACAACUCGCGGACUACGACAACAUCCAGAACAUCGCAGGACACGACACUCGAAUCACCCACGACGACAACAGACACGGACUCCGCUUCGCCAGUCCCGAUCCCAAUGCGUCGAUUAGCGGUGACCCGUCGUGCCACGCGCACUCAUCAACCCACAGAUGACCCUAUCGACCCUUCAUGCAUCCCGAAAUCUCUGGAAGUGAACAUGAACGACAGGGGCCGNGCAGGACACGACACUCGAAUCACCCACGACGCCAACAGACACGGACUCCGCUUCGCCAGCCCCCAUCUCAAUGCGUCGAUUAACGAGAUCAAAACUCCGAGCCCUUACACCGAAGCCAUGAAUUCACCACAACGCGAGCAGUGGAAGAGCGCUAUCAACACCGAGAUGUGUAAUCUCGCCAAGCACAAAGUCUACAAGAAAGUACGCAUCAGCCUGGUACCGAAGGAUGAGGACAUCUUCGACACACGCUUCGUGUUCAAGAUCAAGGCCGACAGCCGCUUCAAGGCCCGCUUAGUCGCGGGGGGACACCGCCAACGAGCAGGACGACACUUCGGAAGGAACUACGCUCCAGUAACCCGAUUGGGUAGCAUCCGCAUGCUAUUCGCCAUCGCUUGCGAACACGGAUGGGAGGUGUACCAAUUGGACGUGGUAGCUGCAUUCCUGAACGCGUACACCGACAGAGACGUCUNCCUGGCCAUCACCGGGAGUCGCCUGUACCUUGCCCAAUUCACCCACUACGAUCUGUCGUCCACAUGGCUGCGGCCAAGCAACGGCAGGUCUACCACCGGAUACCUGUUCUUCGUAGGAGGGAGACUGAUCAGCUACGGAGCCAAGGCACAGACUCUCGCAGCACAGAACACCGUGGAGGCCGAACUUCAAGCGCUGAGCUUCAGUGCUCGCGAGGCAGUCUACAUCUCCAACUUCAUGACGGAAAUCGUAUUCAAGAUCUUUCGAUCGGUACCCAUCAACAGCGACAGCACCGUAGCAUUGACUGUGGCCAGCAACGCGAUGUUCAGCUCUAGAACCAAGCACAUCGCGCUCCGGUUCUUCUUCCUCAGGGAACCCACGAAGGAGCACCGGAUCACUCUUCACCACCAACCUAGUGACACGAUGUUGGCGGACAUCGCGACGAAACAUCUCCCGAAGCAGCGAUUCGCCACCACCAUGCAACUCAUCAAGGACUACAAGUGCUAGAAGAUAUGAAGCACAAGAUCGCAUGGUGUGGUUAAAUGUUUUGAACGCGUGUAUUGCUCACAGGAUGGAUUCACUCAUGUGGAGGUCGACAUUCUUUGAUAUGGAUGGGGAAUGGAGGGGUCGCCAAAUUGGCAGCGAAGUGAAGUUUUGGAACAUCGGCUACAUGCCUAAUCGAGGGGUCGUGUCGAGGAAAACUGUUACAACGUAGUCUGGUCAGGCACAGUUUACCAUAGGUGCGACUGCGGCAACUAGCCUUCCGUAGACAUAAUACAGAAGGAAGAGAUGGUACUUAGCAGAGAACAUGAGCACAUAGUUGUAGCGGAAAUGAUUUGGCAGGCGAGACUGUAGUCGUAUCAUUGUUCCGAAGACCGAAACUCCGGUACUCGGGCCAAUACCCCGGAGACCCU